AUGUCCAAAGCAGACGGUGACCUGGACCGAGACCGAGCAUAUGAUCUAAGAGUCCGACGACAAGUGACAGUGUCCAAACCAGACGGUGACCUGGACCGAGACCGAGCAUAUGAUCUAAGAGUCCGACGACAAGUGACAACGUCCAAAGCAGAUGGUGACCUGGACCGAGAACGAGCAUAUGAUCUAAGAGUCCGACGACAAGUGACAACGUCCAAAGCAGAUGGUGACCUGGACCGAGACCGAGCAUAUGAUCUAAGAGUCCGACGACAAGUGACAAUGUCCAAAGCAGACGGAGACCUGGACCGAGACCGAGCAUAUUAUAUAAGAGUCCGACGACAAGUGACAACGUCCAAAGUAGACGAUGGUGACCUGGACCGAGAACGAGCAUAUGAUCUAAGAGUCCGACGACAAGUGACAACGUCCAAAGCAGAUGGUGACCUGGACCGCGACCGAGCAUGUGAUCUAAGAGUCCGACGACAAGUGACAACGUCCAAAGCAGACGGUGACCUGGACCGAGACCGAGCAUAUGAUCUAAGAGUCCGACGACAAGUGACAAUGUCCAAAGCAGAGGGUGACCUGGACCGCGACCGAGCAUAUUAUCUAAGAAUCCGACGACAAGUGACAAUGUCCAAAGCAGACGGUGACCUGGACCGUGACCGAGCAUAUUAUCUAAGAGUCCGACGACAAGUGACAAUGUCCAAAGCAGACGGUGACCUGGACCGAGAACGAGCAUAUGAUCUAAGAGUCCGACGACAAGUGACAACGUCCAAAGCAGAUGGUGACCUGGACCGCGACCGAGCAUAUGAUCUAAGAGUCCGACGACAAGUGACAUUGUCUAAAGCAGACGGUGACCGGGACCGAGACCGAGCAUAUGAUCUAAGAGUCCGACGACAAGUGACAACGUCCAAAGCAGAUGGUGACCUGUACCGAGACCGAGAAUAUGAUCUAAGAGUCCGACGACAAGUGACAAUGUCCAAAGCAGACGGUGACCUGGACCGAGACCGAGCAUAUGAUCUAAGAGUCCGACGACAAGUGACAACGUCCAAAGCAGAUGGUGACCUGGACCGCGACCGAGCAUAUGAUCUAAGAGUCCGACGACGAGUGACAACGUCCAAAGCAGACGGUGACCUGGACCGAGACCGAGCAUAUGAUCUAAGAGUCCGACGACAAGUGACAACGUCCAAAGCACAAGCAUCAUCGAACAGAACUUGUGCCGAGGCUGACACUUCAUAUGCCCUAGCAAGUUGUAACACAUUGUUUCUAAAAUUGUGA